UCCCUUCCGCUCUUGUUCUACCUUCUCUACUGCUAAAACCCUAUUCUGUAUCCAAACCUCUGUCUCUGUCUCUGUCUCUGUCUCCUCCUUUCUUGCCAUAAAUUUGAAAAUUUUCUGCAUAAGGAAGUGUAAGUUUGAUGAUGAAACCCGAAACCCACUUCGCAAAAGUGGUGAUGCGCAUGAACUAGAAACCGAGAUAGCAAUCUCAGCUCGAUCGCUUUGUCUUUAUGGCGGAAUCUUGAAAAACCAAACGAGGGAACCCACAACAAAAAUCUCAAAUUUUUUACUUUCAGAAUGAUCAACGGUCCUGACGGCGAUGCAGCAGCAGGCUUCCUCUGCACCCACCUCGCAUCCUAGCAAUCCUCCUCCUCUUCCUCCUCCUUCGUCCACCUCGUCCCUCAAGCGAUCCCCGGCCACCACGCCGCCGUCUCUGGCCCCUCUGUCCUCCGCUGUGCACCGCCGCGAUGCCGUUGGACCUCUGCCGCCGCUUGCGGCAGCGCACCCUCCUCCCCCCGGGGCCGAGGCCGCUCUGAGCUCUGCCAUGGCGAGGGUACGGCUCUCCGACAUCGCGCCCUAUGAUGGGGCCCCGGUGGGCCCCUACCUCAGGGCAGUGGAGCAGCUGUCCGGGUCGCUCACGCGUCACAACGCAGCAGUGAUCGAGCUGGGACCCGAGGAUGCUGCGCUGAUGCGUUGCGGCUUGGAGGCCGCGAAGUUGUACUUGAGGACGAGGUCCCAGGCUCCGGCGGCAGGUAAAGGGAGUCCUCGCGGGGUUUACUUGUACAGAGCUGGGAGUUGCAGGCCUUUAGAGGAUUGGGAUUCAUCUCCCCCUUGCAUGGGUGAAAUUUUUAAGUGCAUGGGAAAAGUUGCUCGGGCUGCCCUUUGUGCGAUAGCUAGACAUCUCCGGUUGCGAAGCGACGUAUUUACUCAUUUACUGGAUGAUAUCCCAUUGCCUGCUAAUGAGGUGUCUUCAUCAGUGCUUGUUGCAUCAUACUCACCCAACACAUUGCAAAAUGGGAAAGUCACCAUUGGCGGAGGGAAGCUGAGUGUCAAUGCGGAGGUUGAGAAGGGACUUCUGACAUUGAUUUCCUCUGAUAGUCCUGGUGUACAGGUUUUUGACCCCAAUGGCCGUUGGUACCUGGCAGAUGGUGGGGCGUCUUUUGGAGAUCUGUUACUGGUGACAGGGAAGGCACUUAGUCAUGUUACUGCUGGCCUUCGUCCCAUGGCAUUGCAUAGGGCUGCACCAGAUUACUUUGCUGGCUCUACUGGUGGUGGGAGGACAUCAUUGGCUUUUAGGCUCAUGCCUCAGAGCAAUGCUGUAUUAGAUUGUUCUCCCAUAGCAGCCGCAGGUCAUGUCAUUCCUCAGAGCUAUGUACCGGUAUCAGUCAGCCAGUUUAUGGAUGACCUUUCUGCUGAGGAGGAUGCAUUGUGCCCCAACCCUGAGAAUGUUUGUGUACUUGGAAAUAAUUCAAAUAAGGAACCAACAUUAAGAAGUGUCCUCUCUGAUCCUUUAUCUGGUGCAUUCCUUGAAGAUGCUGUGGUUGUCUCAUGCGGCCAUUCAUUUGGUGGUUUCAUGCUGAAAAGAGUAAUUGAGACGUCAAGAUGUACACUCUGCAGUGCAGAAAUUAAGGGGAAUUCUUUGAUUCCGAAUCAUGCUCUUAGAGCUGCAGCUGCAGCUGUAAAGGUUGAGGAUGAUAGAAGACUCUUUCAUAAUGCACAUCUCCGCAAGAGAAGAAAAGAGAUGGGUGAUCAAGCUGAUCCUACAAGAAGAUCUCACAGGGAAAAUGGGGAGAGUGGUGCUGAUAAUGGGCUGCAUAAAGGGGUCCAAUAUCCAUUUACUGUAAACGAGAAAGUUUUGAUAAAGGGGAAUAAGAGGACACCGGAAAAAUUUGUUGGUAAGGAAGCAAUCAUCACAUCCCAAUGCCUUAAUGGCUGGUACUUGCUGAAGAUUAUUGAAAAUGGAGAAAAUGUCCGCCUCCAAUACCGUUCUCUUGAGAAGAUCCCAAACUCCAAUUCCAUUGAUGAAAGAUGUCCAUCUCAGAUUCAGAAUGGCAGCUCAUAAUUUCUCUGUAUCAGGUGCUUGGUAAAGAUUCCAAGAAGUAGAGCAAAGUUUUGGCCUGCGAUUCCAUCCUGGAAAGAUCCUGAAGGUCAAGCUUUGAUAAUGACAUCUGUUCCUCUACGAUGAUUCAGAGUGGUGGGUCAAUUCUUUUAACCCUGAAACUUCUGUAGGUCCUAUUAGAGUUCGGAUUCCUAUAGCGCAUAGAUUUUUAAAUAGGUCAUGUAGGGAGAAUAUGCGAUCUGCUUCACGUAUGUCAAAUGUAUUUCGUGUUGCACGUAUGUUUUGCCAGAGGAAAAAGGUCAUCUGAAGCCAAGAACUCCAGAUGUUUGUACAUUCCUGUCACAUGUAUCUGUAGGUUUACCAGAGGAAAGAUAGCUCUUUAGGUGUUACAUUAGUGUAGAUGUAGAUUUAGUAGUCGUGCGUUGCGGUGUAGCACUACGGAAAGUUGUGCAUUGCGGCGUACCUUGGUGAAGCGCUUGUCGGUUGAUGCGGUGCUUCAUGGAUAUAUGACUAAAUAUCAUGAAAUGGAAUGCUUGUGUUCAAUUUUUGUGAUUAGAUAAA